AUGUCGACCACCUCAGCUCACGCAGGGCCUGCGACUAGCAGCAACAGCGAUAACCUGCACCCCAAUCAAGUCACUCUUCAUCCGAAUCGUCGCAAUGCGCAAUCGCCAACUCGGAGGCUCUGGCAAUGGUCUUCCAUAUUAGCGACGGCCUCAAUUGCAGCGUUGGCCGCCCCAGUAUACAAACUUGCGACCGGGCUGCUCUACGCGCCUGACAUUCCAGACCCGACGGAUUAUCUAGGUCGCGCACGACACAUACUGAAAACCACACCGUUAAUUGAUGGUCACAAUGACCUCCCGUACUUGAUUCAGGUCGAGUUGCAAAAUAAGAUCUAUUCGAAUUUCAAUCUGAGCAAUCGGAUGCUGGGUCAUACUGAUUUGACUCGUAUGCGCGAGGGGCAGAUGGGCGGGCAGUUCUGGAGCAUCUACAUUGACUGCGAACAGAUCAGUUAUGCGGAUGAUCCGACCGCUUCGGUGCGCGACUCACUGGAACAGAUUGACGUGGCAAAACGCUUGAUCCAGAACUACACAUCCGACCUGACCUACUGCGAAGACUCCCAAUGCGCGCGACAGGCGUUUCGCAGUGGAAAAAUCGCCAGCAUGUUAGGGCUUGAGGGUGCCCACCAAGUCGGCAACUCGAUCGCUGCAAUUCGUCAAUUCUACGACCUCGGAGUGCGCUAUAUCACCACCACCCAUAACUGCGACAAUGCUUUCUCGACCUCCGCGUCGACAGUCGCGGCGGGCGGCGAAGACGGCGGCCUGACUCCCUUCGGACACGAAUAUGUGAAGGAAAUGAAUCGUCUAGGCAUGAUCAUCGACCUCUCGCACGUCUCGCACCAGACAAUGCGCGACGUUAUCUCCGUCACCCGAGCACCUGUCAUUUUCUCGCAUUCGGGCGCGUAUGCCCUUCAGCGACAUCUGCGCCAUGUUCCGGACGAUGUGCUGCGUGGAGUAAAACGAAAUGGCGGAAUCGUGAUGGCUACAUUUAUCAAUCGGUUCUUGAACAUGGAGGAUCCGGAUAGUGCGAGCAUUCGCGACGUUGUGGACCAUAUCUUUCAUAUCGCCGAGCUCGCUGGAUGGGAGCAUGUCGGUGUUGGAGGCGAUUAUAGCGGAACUCCGGAGGUUCCGAUCGGGCUGGAGGACGUUUCCAAAUACCCUGACCUCGUCGCAGCUCUUCUAGAACGAGGCGCAACCGAUGAACAGGCGCGGCUUUUCGCCGGCGAAAAUAUCUUGCGCGUAUGGAACGAAAUCGAGCAGACUGGAGCGUGGAUCCGAGGCGAAGGGACGAAGGAAUCACUUCCAAGCGAGGCUAUCUGGGAAGGAAGACGGUGGACUAAAGGACACAGCUGGCUGCCAUUCAUGUUCUCCGGCACGAGGUCUAGACUGCACGGUGGGAAGAAGGGCCCUAAACCGGGUGCCAAUGAUUGGAGUAUCAGGGCUUGA